AUCGCGGCUCCCAGUGGCCGCGGUUCGCUGCUCCAGGCCAAUGGGAGCUGCUGGACGACACUGGUGCACUCUGUGUGGGGCUGCUGUUGAAGAUCACUGGAAACUUCAACUAAUGGAGAAUAUGACAUUUGUUCCAUUAGUGAUGUUCUUAGACAAAUGUAGAGUACCAAUGGAAUCCAAUUUAUGGAUUUACCAUAAAGAAGAUGAUGAUGAAGAACUCUUGCUUGCAAAUGUAGAGGCAUUAAGGAAUCAACUGAGGAAAACUGAGAGAAAUCUACAAAAUCUAGGAGAAGAACUUUCCAGUACUAGUUCGAGUGAACAAUCUGUCCACAGCUCUCAUUUCAGUGAGUUUGUUGGACUAACACUGGAAGAUCUUGAUGAGCCGAGUUGCACUGAAUUUCAAAAUUAUUCAGCUCAUAAGAGUGCUGGUAAAAUGUCCCACCAGAGCAGGGAUUCUCAAAGAAAAUCCCAAACCAAAUCUUUCCCAGUGUCCACUCCUUUUAAUAAAAGUAUGGAACAAGAAAAUGAGCAUCUUAGAGAGAAGCUGAACACCCUUCGAGAGCAAAAUGCAUCUUUGACUUCCCAGAACCACUGUCUAAUGAAUAAAAUUGAAACUAUCAACUUUGAACUGACUCAGUCAAAAACGAGAAUCUCUUUUCUUGAAUCAGCUUUAGGUACACAUUCAGUCAGUAUUCCUACGUUAGAAGAACAGAUUGCAAAUUUGGAAGCAGAAGUUACAGCUCAAGAUAAAGUCCUGAGAGAUGCAGAAGAUAAAUUAGAGCAAAGCCAAAUGGUGAUAGAAAAAGAACACAUUUUGCAAAGGUUUAAAGAAGAAUAUAAAAAAUUGAAAAUGGAUUUAAUUGAACGAAGCAAGCAAGGGAAGAGAGCUGAACAGCAAAGAAACGAGGCUCUGUUUAAUGCUGAAGAGCUGACGAAAGCUUUUAAAAAAUACAGAGAGAAAAUAACUGAAAAACUUGAAAAGGUUCAAGCUGAAGAAGAAACUUUAGAGAAAAUAAUUAAUUGUGUAAAAGAAAAAGAAAAGUUGCAUGAAAAAUGUGUUGCCUAUAGAAAUGAACUUGAAAUCACAAAGAAACAAUUAAGCCAAUUGAAGGAUGAGAACUGUAGUGCAAAAAAGAUGAGGAGUCUAGGGGCAAAAAACACUGAAAUUGUGUCUCAGCUUACACAGUCUGAUCAGAAGAUCCUGAAGCUUGAGGGUGAACUUAAUGACAAAGUAGUAGUACUUAAAGAGAAAAGUGCCCUAGUAAGUGAAAAUGCAGAGCUAAAAGCACUUAUUGCACAGCAAAAUGAUCGCCUAAAAUUAUGUCAUCAAGAAAUUGAGGAUUCAAGAGAAGAACUGAGCACCUUGGAAACUAUUAUCUCCCAGUUGUCGCUAGGUACAUCUAAAGAGUUUACAUUGCAUCACUCUAAACGUCAAAUGGCCAGUUCCUCCGCAGAGGAAGCUAUGUAUACCUCUUGUUGUGAAUCAAACAAAUCCCUGAUUGCAGACCUAAGAAUCAAACUGGCAAUGAAAGAAGCAGAAAUUCGGAAGCUUCAGGCAAACCUAACUGUCAGUAAAGUAGCUCAACAUCUUUCUAAUGAUUAUGAGGGACAAGAAGGUGGCAGAUUACAUGGCCUAGAAACAGAACCUGUAAAAUUGAUUGGAAAUCAAACAGAGAGAAAAUGUCAACAAUUGCAACUCAUCAGUAAACAGUUUGAAAAAGAGCGUCGAAGAUUAACAAGAGAGAUAGAAGAAUUACGUGCUAAGCUGUCAAAAGCAGAAGAGGAGAGUUCUUCUUUAAAGACCAGCAUGGCCCAGAGAGCCAGUCAGUUUCAAAUUAUACAGGAAGAACUACUGGAGAAGGCUGCAAAAACUACUAACUUGCAGCGAGAAAUAACAAAGAAGUCCUCUCAGCUUUCAGUACUUGAAAAGCAGUUGGAAGAAAAGACAGUUGCUUAUUCUGCUGCUGCUGCAAGAUGUACUGAGCUGGAUCAGGAGCUCAUAGAAAAGAAUGGCCAGAUUCGCAACUUGGAAGCAAAUAUCAAUGAAGAACAUGAGCAAGUAACUAUAGCCUUUGAAAAAGCAAAGUUAAUUCAUCUUGAACAGCACAAAGAGAUGGAGAAACAGAUUGAAAUACUUCAGACUCAGCUGGCUAUGAAACACCAGCAAAUUAAUGAGCUAGAGAAGACCAUGUUUGUUUUACAAGAAGAUAUUGUAUGUAAACAGCGUCACCUUGAAUCAUUGGAUCGGCUGCUGAUAGAAAGCAGAGAGGAAAUGGAAAAGCAAAAUAUCAAGAGAGAAGAAGCUUUGAAAAUGUUGCAAAGCCAAUUAACAGAAGAAACAAUCAAAGUCAGACAACUAGAGUCAGCACUAGACAUUUGUAAGGAAGAACUUAAAUUGUAUCUGAGUCAAUUAGAAGAAAAUAAGGAGUCAUUUGAAAAGCAGUUAAAGAAGAAGUCUGAAGAGGUGCACCGGUUACAAAAAGAAAUAAAACUAAGAAAUCAUAAUCUUCAGGACACCACUGAACAAAAUGUCCUCCUACAGCAAACUCUGCAGCAGCAGCAGCAAAUGUACAGCAGGAGCAUUAGAAAUGGAGAGCUAGAGGACAGCCAAAUUAAACUUGAAAAACAGGUAUCAAAACUGGAGCAAGAGCUUCAAAAACAGAAAGAAAACUCAGAAGAAGAGUUGAGAAAGGGCAGAAGGGAAGCUCCUUAUAGCUUCUCAGAAGCAGAUUUAAAAAGACAGAAGGUGGUUGAACUUACUAGCACAAUUGGGCAGAUUAAGCUGGAGAUGGAUCAGUGCAAGGAUGAGCUAAUUGGUAUGGAGAAAGAACUAGUGCAUUUAAGACGAGAUGGUGAAACUAAAACAGUGCAGUUAAGUCACUGAAUGACUUGGAAGCAGACUCAGUCAGAACUAAAUAAAAAAACACAACAAGUGAGUGAUCUGGAAGAUAAACUGCUUCAGAGUGAGACUGAGCAAAAGGAUGCUUUACGCAGAAUAGAAGAGCUAGAGGCUGAACUACAAAAUGCCCAUGGAGAAUUAAAAAUCACUUUGAGACAAUUGCAGGAACUGCGAGAUGUGCUACAGAAUUCACAGUCCUCUCUGGAGGAGAAGUAUGCUGCUAUCAAGGAUCUAACAGCCGAACUUAGGUAUUGUAAGGACGAAAUUGAGGACAAAAAGCAAGAACUUCUUGACAUGGAUCAGGCAUUGAAAGAAAGGAACUGGGAACUGAAACAAAGAGCAGCUCAGGUUACCCAGUUGGAUAUGACUAUUCGUGAACACAGGGGAGAAAUGGAACAAAAAAUAAUUAGAUUAGAAGGUAGUUUGGAGAAAACUGAGUUAGAAAUUAAGGAACGCAAUAAACAGAUUGAGAGCUUAGAUUGCAAGCUACAGCAUUCUAAAGAUGAGUUUCAUGAAAAAGAGUUUGAACUUCUCCAGAGAGAUCAAGAAAUAAAUCAACUAAAAAAGGAAAUUGAAAGAAAACAACAUAGAAUAACAGAUAUUGAAAAAACAGUGAAAGAUCAGGAGAAGUGCAUUGCAGACCAGUACAAGGAAGCAUUAGAUUUAGGUCAGCAGUUGAGGCUAGAACGAGAACAGAUGCAGCACAUUCACUUGGAGCUUUUGGAGACUCGCCGGCUGCUGGUUCAAGCUCAAAGAGAAACGGACAGACUCUUGCAAGAACUGGAAGAAAUGAACCAUCUGUCUCAAGAAAAGGAAGCUCGUGCAAACCAUUUGGCAGAAGAACUGGGUGCUGCCCAAGCACGUGAAGCUCAGUUACAAGCAAAAAUGCAAGCCGAGAUAAAAAAGCUUUCAUCAGAAAUAGACUCAUUGAAGGAGGCUUAUGAACAGGAGAAGCUUGCACAUCAGACAAAUCAGGAAAGGUGGCAGAUGUCCACAGACAGCCAGAAAUCUGGCUCUCAUCAUCUAAGUGGACAAUUGCAGCAGCUGCAGCAGGAGUUAGAAGAGGCUCAGGAUACUGUCAAUAAUCUUCAGCAACAACUUCAGGCCAGAAAUGAAAUGGUUCAAGCUGCAAAUGAAUCACUGCUUGUGAAGGAAUCUGAAGUAACGAGAUUACAAGCGAGAAUUGCUGGGCAUGAAAGAACAGAAGGCAUCAAGAAGCUACCAAUCCCGCUUGUGUUAUCAGAUCAUACGCUCUUCGAUAUUCAAGAUGAAGAUUCUUUCAAACAUUCUCAUACGUCAUACUUCAAACAUAGAAAACUGCGUCGUUCUAUAAGUGCUAGUGACCUAGAUGUUAAAGAUGAUGAUUCCCUAGAUCUAUCAAAAAACAUGUUAGAAGACUUCAAACAAAUGCUUACAUUACAGCCCUCAAUGAUUCCAGAGAGUCAAAAGGAUUUUCUUCAUACUCUACCAAACAAUUUGAAUGAAUCUUCAUUCGAUCCCCUCACAUACACUGUAGAUGAAGAUGUGACAUCAGACAGUAAUGACUUCCAGACACUUAGUGGAAUGCUAAAAUAUAUCAACAAAGAAAUGAGGCAGUCUGAAAAUGCUUCUGUACAAAUAUCAUGUGGUACAAACUCAAAGCAGAAUCAAGAAUGUGGUUUGUGUGUAUGCUACCAUGAGGAAUCUGACCAGGAAGGACAAACUUGCAGAAGCUGCAGGCAGAACCUUGGGUAAAACCCUGGAAAUUAAACAACUGGAUGUCUGCAAUGAAGAGUCUAUUAAAACUUGCGUCAGUAGCAUCCCUGACAGAAGGAUUGAUAUAUUAGGCAAGUAAUGAACACAAAUGAAAGAUGGAGAAGAAGUCAGGAUACAAGAUUUAAUUUAAGGGUCCUUUUAAAUAUUUCAGAGAUAUUUCAGUAACAUACUGUUCUUUCUAAAAAUGUUUAUGGAUUUAAAUAUAAAUAUAUGAAUAAAACCAAUAAUACUGUAACUUCUAUAAAGUCUUCCAUUCAAGGUUCUCAAGCCAUUCACCAAAUACUAAUUAAUUGAAUUCAGGCACAAAGAGAUCAAAUGACUUCUACAAAAAUCACACAGUAGAUCUGUUGGCAAGGUUGAGAACAGAACUUGGAUCUCCUGAUUCUCCAUCCUGCACUUGAGACCUAAGACCAUCUCUACCCUCUGAACACAGUAGACCCCUAUUUAUUUGCUCUAACAAUAGGGUGAUCCUUUGUGAAUUAGCAAGUAAGUGAAUAAAUAAUUAAAAGACUAAUGCAUCAUCAAACGCACAUGGUUAAUUUUUAAUAACAGUUAUAGUUCCAUUUUAUUUGAUACUUUACUAGUAAAUUUUGUGUAAUAUAUUUUGUAAAAAUAAAUUAUAACGUAAUAUGGCAACUAACUACACCCUCGGCUUUUAAAUCUUGGCUAAGAGGAAGUAGAGCCUGUCUUUUGUGGGGAGAUAAUAGGGGAGCAGCAGAACCGCAAGGUGCAAAUUAGCAUGCACUAUGCUCCAAUUUGACAUUCCACUUCUUACUAUCGAGUGUUCAUAUUAUGGCAUGACCAUUCUGGAUUUUUGAAACCACAAGCAUUCAAAUGGAAUCGUCUCUUCACCACCACAUAGUGACAAAGUUCUCAACCAAUGCCAGUUCUUUUUU